GAUAAUAGUAAUGAUGAUAAUAGUAACAAGAAGAAGAAGAAGAAGAAGAAGAAAAAGAAGAAGAAGAAGAAGAAGAAGAAGAAGAAGGAGAAUAAGAAAGAUCAUCAUCAUCAUCAU